AUGAUACAGGAUCGUCUUUUCUGCCACGGAAACGGGGAUCCCCUUAGUAAGGGAUCCCCUCGGAAGGGGAUCCCUCUUUAUUCUUCCCUUCGGCCCCUAAAAGCCCGGCUCAGACGUCUCCGCGUCAGCUCCAUCAACCCCCAUCCCUCGAGUGGGAGACUCCCGGGGCUCGGCGGCCCGAGCCAAGCACACCGCGCUCCAGCCAGGCCCUCCCCUGCUCGCCACGCUCGAGGGAGCGCGCACCCCGCACCGAGGGAGGCACCGAGACCCCCGGAAGCCCCUCUACCUUCCUCUCGCCGCUGCCAGGACGGCCCAGUCCCCACAGACGGAGGGUCCCACCCGCCCAGGGAACCCCCUCGCCCACCCUCCGCACCGGGCAGCCCCCGCCCCCACCCCACCCGAGGAGGUGGAGCCCCUCCCGGGGAUUCCUUCCGAGUCCCCCACAGGAGGCGUCUCCACCAGCCGGGCGGCUCCUCCGCCUCCUCGCAGCCGCCGCCGCCGCCGCCGCCGCCGCCGCCGCCGCCGCGAGCCUCCUCGGCCGCUCCCGCCCCCGCCAGCCCGGCCCGGCCUUCAGCCGACCCGCCAGCCCCCUUCCCCUCCCGGCCCGCAGAGCAGCGAGCCCCCCGCCCCAGGCUGGGUCCCAGCAGGAAAGACGCCGGAGUCAGCUCCUCGCCCGGGGCGACGCUCCGGGCUGCCCCGCAGCCUGUUCCCUGA